CAGCAGACUAUCGCUUUCGUGUUGACUGGAAUUUCGCAGCUCCUUGGCCUCACCCCUGAGAUCACACGAAACUUAUCAGAGACAAAGCCCCUGUUGGCUAUUCUUCUUUCUUUUCUAUUGUGUCUCUUCAGCACUGGCGUGAUGUUUUUUUUUCUUAUCAGCACCGUCUGGCUACUUCUCUCGACCGGAUUCCCCACGGUCUCUGCCGCGGCCUCCUCGUGCGACCAAAAUGUGCAGAACGAUACUAUUGCCUUUUUCAGUAGCGCUCCCCUGACAUUUGGCUACAACUUCCCGUCGAUAUCUGACUGUGCCACGCGGUGCAGUCAGUGGGAGCGUUGCCAGGCGUGGCUGUUCACUCAGCCCGGCGAAUGCCAGCUGUAUCGCCGGCCCGCACUGGCUACCGCGAGCAACCCGACUUUUUCCUACGGCGUGUGCGGAGAUACUGAUCCCCUGAACUCCACGAUCAACGCAGCGGCAUCACGACUGACGUCGGUCUCGAUGAAUCCGUCGUCCAGCUCGCCCACGGCAAGUCUCUCGGGAUCCCAUGCGGCAGUUCCUUCAUCACACGAGGCAUCAGUAACACCUGGUGCGACUAUCGAUGCUGAACAUCUCAGAAAGCAUAAGCGCUAUGCCGGCAGUCACCACCGACAUGGGCAUGCAAGGUAGAUAUUUGGGGGGAGGGGGAGGUUGCAGGUCCAUCAUGGAGAAUCGACUCGUCCGAAGCACGGGGUCUAGUCACGUUGCCAAGCCAGGAAAGCACCAAAAAGAAAAAACAGCGACUCUAGUCAGAUGGAGCUGGGAUAUUGGUCUUAGCAAUGGCAUGG